AUGAAACAGAUUUUGUGCGGUUGCGGAUAUCUCGACGGCACCGAAAUUUCAGAAGCCAUCUCGACGUCGAUACAUCUCUCUCAGAAAGACAUGCUACCGACUUUCUACGCGCCAGAUGUAGAACUUUGCGAAGUUGUCGAUCAUUUGACUAAAGAGCCUGACAGUCACAGUGGCCAAAGGAACGCGCUCGUCGAGGCUGCAAGAUUGGCCAGAUCAUGUAUCAAACCAAUAUGCGAAUGUGAAGCUUGCAUGCACGGAGCACUCAUUAUCCCUGGAGGAUUUGGCGCUGCAAAAACGCUGAGUAACUUCGAGGAAAAGGGAGCUGAUUGCAGCUUACUUCCUGAUUUAGAGAAACUUAUCGAAGAUUUCUAUUGCGAGCAAAAACCAAUUGGGUCGAUUUGCAUUGCGGGUGCUUUGAUCGCCAAAGUACUCAAAGGUGUUAAAAUUACGCUGGGGAAAGAAUCACCAAAAGAAGAUUGGCCACAUGGCGAUGCUAUUAACAAAGUCAAAGAUAUGGGAGCCAAAGUGGAAUUGAAAGGAGUGAAGGAUGUAACUCGAUGUAAAAAGUAUAAUGUUUUUAGUACACCAGGCUGGAUGUAUAAACACGCAUCUUAUGCAGAGAUUCACAGUGGCAUUGGGAAGUUAGUCAAUAUGUUGGCAAAGUGUGUUAAUCGAUAA